AUGCCAGGAGGAGCUGCCUUGUUAGUUGAAGCGGCAAAUAUGGGUGAUGCAGAUGCACAAUAUGAACUCGCUUGUCGUCUUAGAGUUGAGAAUGAGUAUGUCCAAUCGGAUCAGCAAGCUUUCCAUUAUCUGGAGAAGGCAGUUGACCAGAAUGAAUAUGUCCUGUCAGAUCAACAAGCUUUCCAUUAUCUGGGAAGGCAGUUGACCAGGUACUCUUUACCUUCUGGGUGCUGUGUAUCUGACCAGAGACUGUGUCUAGAAAGAUGUUGCCUCCGAGUCUCUGACUUAUGGUGUUUCCAUAGGGCAUCAGAGAAGGGACAUGCUGGUGCCGCUAUAGCAUAUGGGUCUCUUCUUCUUCAAGGUGUUGAAGUCCCAGAAUCUGUGAUGAACUUGACUUCAAAAAGGGGUUCUUUAGCCAGAAAGGCAAGAAAGAAUGCAGAAAGCCUUGUAAGAGACCAGGCAGGAAUGGCAAGAGAGCGGUUUCAGAUCGCUGCAAAAGCAGGAUGUGAUCUUGGACUGAAAUGGUUGGAAAGACUUGACGAGGAAGAGAAGCAUCUAUUGACUGAAAAUGAAACGGUAGAAAAUGCCCAAGAAGGAAAGAAGGUGUGUUAA